CAACCAUAGUCCAACUUCGACUGGUUACGUUCACGUUCUUCGAUAGUUCGAAGAAAAAAAUCGCGGAGCUAAAAAUGCUCUACACUUAAUUAUUUUAGUGUUUGUGUAUAAACUUUGUGGAUUUACCUCUUAAAUUUGAAAAUGCAAAUCAAGUAAAGGAUGGAUUGGAACCCAAGCGAUCUGAUCUGGUUCGAUCCGGGAUUGGGACACUCGAUCCCCGGGGAAGUACUCGAGUGCCAUAAAAGUGCGAACGUUAUUACCGUGCAAGCUGUUAUCAAUGGAAAGGCUCAAACUUUCGCUCUCCAAGAUGGCGAGGGUCAAGUUAGAAGAAGGCAAGACCUCGGUACCGGGGGUGUUGAGGACAUGAUACAAUUGACCGAUUUACACGAAGCUGCUUUACUAUGGAAUUUGAAAUUGAGAUACGACCGAAAUUUAAUCUACACCUACGCAGGCAGUAUCCUAGUAGCCGUAAAUCCAUAUCGAAUGUUCGAUGGAUGUUACGGUAUCGAAUCAGCUCAGAAGUACCGAGGCAAAAUGAUAGGGGAACUACCUCCUCACCUAUUUGCCUCAGCUUCAUCAGCUUACUCCGCCUUACCAUCACCACAGGUUGUAGUAAUAAGUGGCGAAAGCGGUUCUGGUAAAACCGAAUCCACAAAACUAGUAAUGCAAUACCUGGCAGCAGUUGCCCCAUCAGCCCCUCGUAAUCAAGCCCUGGUUACUGAACAAAUCCUGGAAGCAACGCCUCUUUUGGAAGCCUUUGGCAACGCUAGAACAGUAAGGAACGACAACAGCUCUAGAUUCGGCAAAUAUUUAGAAGUCUAUUUCAAACACGGAGCCAUUAUCGGUGCCAAAGUCACGCAAUACCUUCUGGAAAAAUCCAGAAUAGUCACUCAAGCUCCUGGAGAACGCAACUACCACGUUUUCUACGAACUUUUGGGAGGCAUUAGCAAUGCCGACAAACAAAAAUACGGGCUCGUUAAUCCGGAUAAAUAUUUUUACUUGAAUCAAGGAGGCGGCGAUUGUUCUCCGGGUCAUUCAGGAUCUGGAGCCGAUUGGAAAGCUCUAACAAGAGCAAUGCAAGUUUUAGGAGUCAGCGAAAGCGAACAAGAAGGCAUCAUUAAAGUGCUUGCUUCAGUAUUGCACCUGGGGAAUGUUUAUUUUCAUAGAAGACAAUUAAGGCACGGCCAAGAAGGUGUCGAGGUAGGUUCUGAUGUUGAAAUAAAGUGGGCAGCCCAUCUCCUGCAGAUUUCCGCUAGUGGUUUGCAAAGGACUCUCACGUCUCGUAUCACCGAGGCUCGAGCAGAACGCGUUUUCUCUCCUUUGAGUAUCGAUCAAGCCUUGGAUGCCAGAGAUGCUUUUGCUAAGGCUCUUUAUGCUGCCUUAUUCAACUGGUUGGUGACUAGAGUCAACAAUAUCAUUCAACGAGGUGGUCUUCAGGAUGCUGCCAGAAUUUCCCUAUUAGAUAUUUUCGGGUUUGAGAACCUAAAUGAAAACUCAUUUGAGCAACUUUGCAUCAAUUUUGCUUCAGAAUCUUUGCAACUCUAUUUCAACAAGCACGUUUUCAAGUUGGAACAGCAAGAGUAUGCUAAGGAGAGGCUGGAAUGGACCAACUUGACUUGGACUGACAAUACUCCUGUAAUUCAACUUUUAGGCAAAAAACCUGUGGGUAUUUUCCAUCUUUUGGACGACGAAAGCAACUUUCCUAGAGCCUCGGAUGCCUCUUUUCUGGAAAAAUGCCACUACAACCACGCUCUUAAUGAAAACUAUUGCAGGCCCAGAGUAGGAGGCAGAGAAUUUGGGAUUCGCCAUUAUGCAGGUCAAGUUUGGUACUCGGUGGACGGGUUCUUGGACAAGAACCGCGACAUUCUCCGUCCAGAAGUGAUCGACUUGCUAACAUCCAGCAAGGAACCGCUAGUCAGUGCCAUUGCCAAACCUCUAAGCAACCAAUCGCAAAGCAGAACGUUGCCCAAAGGAGCCAACGGACGUUUCGUCACUAUGAAACCCCGCACCCCAACAGUAGCGGCUCGGUUCAGUGAUAGUUUGCAACAACUUUUAGAAAACAUGUCCAAAUGUAAUCCGUGGUUUGUGCGUUGCGUCAAACCCAAUAACGAUAAGACGCCAAUGAAAUUUGAUAUGCCUGUGGUGAUGGAACAGCUUAGAUAUGCUGGAAUGUUGGAUACUAUUAGGAUAAGGCAAGCUGGGUAUCCUAUUAGGAUGAAAUUUCAUCAGUUUGUGGAUAGAUACAGAUACCUGCUGACCAGAAUACCAAGAGGUGCCCCUUACAGAGAUCUUUGCCGAGCCAUUUUGGAACAAAUACCUCAUACAGGAACAGAGGGUCCAGACUAUCAAUUAGGAGCCACAAGAGUUUUCCUGCGAGAAAGCUUAGAGCGACAACUAGAACUCAGAAGAGGAGAUUCGCUCAAAGGAGCAGCAUUAGUCAUCCAGAAAAACAUCAGGGGCUACUUAGCCAGAAAGAACUACAUCAAACUAAAAAAAAGUGCAGUCACCAUCCAAAAACACUGGAAAGGCUACAAACAAAAGCAAGAAUACAUCAAAAUCAAAAAAGGUGUCAUCAAAGCCCAAGCGCUCUACAGAGGUCGCAAGGAGCGCAAGCUUUACAGCAAACGUAAAGCCGAAUUUAGAAGAAGAGUCGAAGCUGAAAAAAUCGCUCAAGAACGAGCCAAGCAGCGGGCAGCUAGAGAGGCUCAGCUUCAAGCGCAAGCACAAAAGGCCAACGCUUCAGCUAAGGCUGCUGCUAAAGUUACCGACAGCAAAACCACAGUCAAUCAUUUGGAAAUACCAGCAGAAUUGGCUUUUAUAUUUACGAAAUUAGAUGGUUUUACUCCUUUACACACUGAACGCAAUCUAGUAAAAGUUCUGGGCGGAGUCCAAGGAAACCCGCAACCACUAAACUUACCUCACGACAUAAACCAGUUUGAAUUUUCCAAGUUUUCCUCAGUCUAUUUCAAAGACGCUGAUCUUCAUUAUAAAAAAGACCCCAUUACAACUCCAUUUUUAUCCAAAGCAGCUGCCAGGGAUCAAGAUUUCCAAGACGCUGUUGCCUUAUUUAAACUUAUUUUAAGAUGGUCGAAUGACUCUCAAUUAACUGGACCCAGAGAACGAGCAUUGGCUGAUUACAUGGUCUACAAAGGAUUGAAUUCCAGAGGCCUCAGAGAUGAAUUGUUGGUGCAAUUAUGCAAUCAAACUUGGAAAAAUGAUAAUUCUGAAAGAGUUUGGCAAUUAAUGGCUCAUUGUUUGAGUACCUUUCAGCCAAGUCCACCUUUGAGCAAAUAUUUACUCAAAUUCAUCACAGAUCAUGCUCCGAGUUCCACAAAAGAAACCUUACAAAGGAAACUUAUGAGAAGCCUUCAAAGAGCUCCUCAUUCGAGAAACAUGCCUCCAAGCUUACUUGAAUGGAAAAGCAUUAGACAAAAAGCUAAUUGUGCUUUGCCAUUGUACUUGUCUGAUUCUACAAUAUCUAGUGUCAAUGCUGAUUCCUGGACCACAUGCGAAGAAGCUGCUUCUUUGGCUAUUGCAUCUCAAGGUAUCACUCCAGAAGGGUGGAGCGUUGUCAUGGAUGAUGCCGGAGUUUUAUACGAAGUCAACGGGCUGGAUUAUAUAUUUGAUUUAGUUUCGGAACUAGAAUUAUGUCCUGCUUUCCCCAUACAAAAAUCUACUUUAUUAAAAACAGGAAGCAGAAAAAGUUUUCCAGUUGAAGUAGAUCAUCAUGUGAUAAGUCCCACCAGGCCCCAAGUGCCUCCUCCAGAACCGCCUAUUAAUAUUACACGUAAAAUAUCCAGAGAAAUUGUACGUCCAUCACCCCCAGCUCCAGUCAUAUUAAAUUCUCGUCAAAGCUCAAGGAAAUCUUCCAGGGAGAUUCAAAAUAUUGAAACAAGAUUAUCUAACAAUAUUAAUCCAGCUCCAAUUAGAAAAGCUUCCCAUGAAGCCUUGUCCAGAAGCUCUGCUUUAAAUGACAGAUAUUUCGACCAAGAAAAAACCAGAUCCAGAAGUUUGGAUAAUUUACUGGGCGAACCUGAACCAAACCCAUUAGUUGAACUAGGCUUAUCACAAACAUCCAAACUAAACGAAAGAUACCAUUCCGUAGAACAACUAGCUCCCAUCAAGCCAAAUAUAGUGAUGACUCAUCAAAACUACAUGUCCAAACAAGAAAUUGAAUUCGAAUAUCCAGACAUUGCCAGCGUAAGUACUUCACAUAGAGACCGCGGAGGUCCUAGAUAUAUUAAAUCGCAAUACGCUGGCAAAAAGGCACCUCCAGGAAGCCAUUCCAGUCGGGCCUAUAUUGAAAAAUCAGAAUUUGGCGUGCGAAGUUCGGCAAUGUCAGAUACUAGUGAAGCUCCUAGUUUAGCUUCCCAUGUAAGGAGAGUCAGAGUACCUUCCCAAGCUAGUGACGUAGAUCAAUUUUUAGACGAACUUUUCAGUCCAGUUUUAGAUGGGAAUUUGGAUGAACUUUCAGAUGCGAGAUCGUUGGCUGCAAGUAUAAAGGGUGGCAAAGGAGGAGAUGAUUAUAUUGAAGGCCUAGAUGAUUUUUUGGACGAUAUUCUAGGCAAUAAUUUGGAUUCAAAUGUCAAUAUGCUCUCUAAUACGUCUAAAAUGGUUUCCAGAAUAAAAGGGGGUGGACAUAGAGAUAGAGCUAACAGUCAAGUUAGUGAUGGAAACUCGGCUCUUGAUAGAGAAGUAGAAGACAUUACAACUACACCUCAAGCAACAACUGCACCAGGAAGUAAUACCAACGUAGACGAUUACAUCAGCGAUCUAUUCCGGCCUAUUUUCAUAAACGAUAGUAUCAAAACCCUUACCGAAAAACACAAUUUGGUUGAAUCAAUAAAAGGCGGAGGAUCCACUCAAAGUGGAGCUUCAUCUUCGAGCUUCAACUAUCAAGCACCUUUGGUGGGCGCUCCCCCAUUAAUGAUGCCCCUUUUAAGCCCCACUCAAGAAGGAUACUCACCAAUAUUCAAUCCAAACAGUCCCGAUUUGGCUGCCUACCAGCAAAACUUACAAAGGGCGUUCUUGCAAAGUGCCAUGGCUCAGAACAUACAAAUCCAACAGCAAUUGCUGGCUCAGAAUCAGGCUUUGCAGCAAUUGCUGACUCAAAAUGUUACCCCUGGAGAUUCAAACAAGUUAAGUGAAACUAUUCAAACUACUACUGUAAAAGCUCAAGUGCAUCAAUCGUCUCAAAACAGAAAAUCAAGUUUCAAAUCUAAUAGUGUUCUAAGAAAAUCCAGCUCUCCCAGUGUUGGAUCCGAUUACAAAUCUAGAAAAACAAGUUCAGAUUCGAAUCUGAGUAGAAACGGUAUUCCUGCUCCACCCCCGAUGCCGCCACCCAUAGACGAAUGCGAUCCGAGCGAAACGAGGCCUUUCAUGGAUCCUUAUGGAAGGGCCAAGACAGUUCGGAUUGGUAAAUGGCGCUGGCCACCACCAAAGGGUGAAACCAACCACGAAAACGGAGAGGAUUUUAUGCAGUUUAAAAUGCGUCAAAAAGAAAGAAAAGUGACUCCUAGUAAAGAGCAAAAUGGAUCAGUGAAAACUGAUACUUCUUUAGAGUGGGACGAAAUUGAUUUUGAGCCAAUAGUGAAAGAGAAUGAUAAGCUUACUAGGACUAAUUCCAAAAAAGCGUUUGAGAUUGGAGCGUCACGUCCAUCACCAGGAAGCAUAGGAAAAAUCAAAUUGAGCUCAGAAAUGAAACAAAGACUGGAACGCGUUACAGCCAAUCAUUCAGUAAGAUCUACAAGUAGUAGCAAAGUAGACAAACCAUCACGAUCUGUGAGCAAACUGGAAGACACAAGAAAAAUGAUGUUGGAACAGCAAUUAGCUGGCAGAUGGGGAGACGAUAGUGCUAGUGGUAAAUCCAGUCCCGACACCCCACCACAUAUAUCACACCAUAAUGGUACCAAAUCUCCAACUCAGCAAAGUUGGGCUAGCGGCAACUGGAAACCUGGUCCACCGCCACCGCCCAUAGGUCCGAAUUCGUUACCACCUGCGCCUCCAGGACCGGCCCCACCACCACCCAUUGUCAGACCCAAUCAGCCUCCACCGCCCAUCGAACCUGUCCGAGACAAUUUCAAGAGCCACAGGGAUUUCUUGGCUCAGAAACAAGACCAACAUCAAUCGUCGUUUAUGACCCAACGUCAGGACAGGGACACAUUUGGUGUGCACCAGAACAGGCAAAACAAUAAUUCCAAGAGGAAUUCUUUUAGUGCCAACUGGGAGGUUCAGAGUAAUGUUACUGAGGCUCAGAAUGAUGGCGCUAGUUGGGCUCAAGAAGAUAGUGAUAGGCACGAUGGGAGGAUGUCUAGGGACAGUUGGGAGUUGGCGGAAUCUACUACUAUAACUUCUAUUGAGCCCAGGGAUGUGGGCGGAAGAUGGGACAGAGAAGAAAGAAAAUUCGAGAAAAACAGAAGCUCCAUGAAGGAAUCCAACGAACGUCCUACAUUUAGGACGCACCAAUUGAACAAGAGCGCUUUGGAAAGAGAAAAAAAGCAUUCGGUAGCAUCUACUGCCCUGUCUGACAAAACAGACAGACAAGAAGUGCAAGAAUGGCCUGAAUUCAUGCGACCAAUCAAAACUCCUCCAUCAAAAUCGCCCAUCAACAUUGAUAAUGAAAUUGAAGAGCCUCGUACACCAACUACACCCAACAAAGUUGGCCCAUUAAGCGCCUCUGCUUAUGUAACUUACAACAGAGUCUCUUGGUUACUUAGAGUGCGCAAAGAAUACUUUUCACCUUCGGAACCAUUAGGUCCUUUGAAUGCUCUGCAUUUAAUAUUCUGCCAAAUAGUGGCAGACGUCUACGGAUUAACCUCCUGCAUAAGACUAACUCCAACCGAAAAACGUGCCGGAGUCAAUAUGCUUUCCGGCUACGGAGUGACUGCGGAAAACUACAACACCUCACAUAGAGCCAACAUCAAACGAAACGCCAUAGAGCUGGCCAGAACUUGGCCUCUAUAUUUCGCCCGAUUAUUUCCGGUAUCCGGAGCAGCUCAAUUAUCCGAUGUUCAACUAGUGGCAGUUUCUCAUUGGGGCGUCCACUUGGUCAAACGAGAGCAAAGUCACUUGCAAGUGAUUAAAUCAUUUGCUCUGAGCGAUAUUUCUUCUUGCACGGCCCCUAGGCCCACUACAAUGAGUUUGGACGGACCCCAAGGAAGGAUCAGCUUGCAUACGCCUAGGGCCCAGCAAUUAUCCGAGAUGGUCAGCAAGUUUUGUGCCGAAGCAAGAAAGAUUCAAGCGAAAACGAAACAACGCAGUCGCUCGCCUGCUAUGGAAAGGCUUGAAGUUAUCUCCAGUACCAAUCUCAUCCCCAAAUCCAGAGGCGAAUCUUCUCCUAGCAGGCUUAUUUCCAGAGAUGAAGGAACUAGGUCUCCUAGCAGCCCGUUGCCUUCUACAGGCAAAUAUUCACUCAUGCAAUUUGCUAUGCAGAACUUUAGACAAUUAGCAGAUUUGGAUCACCAAAGAAUGGACCAACCGCACCAGAAAUCGAAAAACAAAUCAAAAGAGUGGACUUGGAAGCAACAAACUGACGUGAUCAAGUGGCAAGGGGGUUCUAUUGACGGCCCUCUUCUACGCUUGGACGAUCCAGAACUCACUCCUUUAGCUAUUGAAUGUUUCGAUUGUAUUUUGAGGUAUUGCGGAGAUCAGCCUUUGACUCCGGAAAUGUCAGAAGUCAAGUGUGUUUACACCGUUUUAAUGCACUGUCACAAAUACGCCCAGCUACGAGACGAAGUCUAUUGCCAACUAAUGAAACAAACCACCAGCAACAAAAGUGAAUCACCUGAAUCCAGCCAAAGAGCCUGGAGAUUAUUAUCAAUAGUUGCAGCCUAUUUCGCUUGCUCGGACACCCUUUUGCCAUACCUAAUGGAACACUUAUCCAGUGCAGCCAAUGACAGACGAAGAAUCUGUCACGGUACCGCUUCAGUUUGCGUUACCAACCUGAGAAAGACCCAGCGUUGUGGAGGACGCAAAAAUGUCCCAAGUGUAGAGGAAGUAACUGCAGUUAGUGCUGGUAGAAGCGCUCGAAGGCAAAUCUACAGACUUCCUGGUGGUGCUGAACGCGUAGUCAAUACGCGUUGUAGUACCGUAGUUGCGGACGUUAUUCAAGAGCUUUGUGGUCUUAUUGGUAUUAAUAGCGAGCAAGAGCAGCAGGAGUUUAGCUUAUACUGCAUAGUCCAAGGAGAUGCCUUUACAAUGCCUUUGGCUGCUGACGAAUAUAUUUUGGACGUCACCACAGAGUUGCACAAAGCUGCUCAACCGUUUUACUUGAUUUUUUGCAGAUCGGUUUGGUAUCAUCCCUUAAAACACGACGCUAGUCCUCUUUACACCGAAGUCCUUUUCAAUCAAGUAGCCCCAGAUUAUCUAGAAGGGCUUUUGUUGAGACUCGGAAAUCCCAACUUACCUCCGAGCGUUGUCAGGGACAUGGCACUAGUAGCAGCUCUUCUACACAGAGCUGCCGAUUUAGGUCACGCGCCCAGUCUGAAGGAAGUCAAAUUCCUGUUACCGAAACCAGUUUUGGGUCUUAGAGAGCCUAGGCCUCCUCAAUGGUUGGCUCUGGUUCAAACCAGUUGGGGUCAAGCGGCUGGAUUGUCCGUUUCGAGGGCGAAACAUCGAGUUUUGCAAGCGUUGAGCAGUUGGCCUUUGUUCGGUAGCUCCUUCUUUGCGGUGAAACGUGUAAUAGGAGAACCCGAUCACUGGCAAGAACACAUCCUAGCCCUGAACCGCGGUGGAGUUCACUUUUUGGACAUGAACACCCACGAAACCCUUCAGCAUUGGCCUUUUGCAGAAGUCAUAAGCACGAGAAAGGUACGAUCAGAAGACGGAGCUCUAUUUUUGGACAUGAAAUGCGGUAACUUGCUACAGCAACGAGUAACACGACUGCAAACCGAACAGGCGCACGAAAUUUCCAGGCUUGUGCGGCAGUAUAUUAAUUUGGAACAAGAACACAGCAGCCGAAUCAAUAAAUAAUUGCUCAUUGUAUUAGUUAACAUGUAACUAAGUCAAAGUAGGUUACAGUUUAACUAAAGUAUAAUCGAAUAUUUUGUACAUAACACAACAAAAAUAUAGUCUAUUUUAGAAAAGAAAAAACACAUAUUAUAUUAUUUAAUUUGUUAUUGUUUUUAACACAUAAUUUACCAAGUACUGAAUAAGUUUAUAUACAGUCAAAAAAUUAGACUGCACUUGCAAUAUAUUUUACAAUAAUUCAGUCCAUUUUUUUUAUUAAUUACAGGCAGUUUAUUGUAUUUUAAUAAAAUUUGUUGCAACUGAUUCAAACAGGACUAUGUCUAGGUGUUUUUGUUCCUUUUUUCUCACUUUCCUCGCCCCAAUGUUGAGCAGUGAACUGGACAAAUCCAGGAUCUAGAGGUCCACUAGGAGGUCGUUCGGAUACUUCGACUUCUUGGAGAAUGAGUUGUUUUUGGGGCGGUACUAUUGGGGGGAUGACGUAUUUUUUUGCAGUUUCUAAAACACAAACAGACGUUGUUUCUUGAGAGGAAAAGGUUUGAAAUGAACUAGAGCUUAUUGGUUUAUUUAUUUUUAUAAAAAAUAAUGUUAGAGAUCAUUAUAAAUACAUAUACGGUGUCCUAUAAGUAAAAGUUAUUGGCUCAUUUACGACGUGAAGUGUUGUGUUUUUGGGUAAAACUUUCAUGCUAUAUAAAAAAUAUGAACAAACUUCGCAAGUUGCCAUACUGUAUAUUGAAGGAGCAUUGGUGAGGUCAAAAGGCAUUCGUUUGAGCUGGAACAGACCACGAAUAUCGCAAUGAUGAAGUUUCGAAAAGUACACGAAUUUGUAACAGCUUGUAUACGUACUAUGAGAUUUGGAACUGAAAUAAACUGAGUAAAAAUUAAAAAAUGAAAAAAUUGCCUCUUCUUCAUUUAGCAGGCUUUUAUCUCUGGAUCUAUAAGUCUAAGGCCCAGUUUAUUCACCUAUCAGGUAAUGCAAUUUGACAGAUACAAACGCAAUCUAGAAUCCUAUUGAUUGGUGAGCUAGUUAUUCGUCAACCAAUAAACUUAUAAAUUGGUGAAUUAAUGACGGUCAAUUGGGCAUUGAUACAUCCAAAAGUUCGAUUUGGUAACAUCAAUUGGCCGCCGAGAUCUUGUGAUUUAAUAUUAUAUGAAAAUUCUCAAUAACAUUUAAACAAUUCUAUAGAUUUCUUAUAUUUGUACUUCAUGGUUAAUCCUAAUACUAUCCAAUUAAAACUCAACUUCUACUUUGGACACACCUUUUACAAAUACAAAUUGUUAGCAAUAAAAACACAUAAAGCAACACAAAUCACCAAUCACCGAAAGCUAGCUACCCCGUAAUUCGUGGUGGAGUGUCUACCCUUUCGGAUGUUACUCCAAACUGGAGUGUGCAGCUCGAUUUUCGGAGGGAUGGUUGCGGUUUCGUCCGUGUCACUACCUCUAUCAUCUCUACCAACGUCUUUACCGUAAAUACCGAAUCUUCUGGGAAUAUCAAAAUCUUCAUUAGUCAUUUGCCUGUAGCCUCUAGUAGUAGGAUCGAGAUGAAUAUAGC